AUGGAGACUUGGAAACAAAAGGUCCCCCAAUACUUGUCUCUCCAUGGCAGCAACUCCUUAAGGGGGGGGAAGAAAACUUACAACUCCAAUGUGCUCGUGGACAACUGGCGAAAUGACCGUUUAGAUGUCAAAACCGAGCAGAAAUUGACUUCGUGGCGCAUUCCCCAUCCCCUCUAUCCCGAUGUUCCGCAAGGAUCAAAGUACGAAACAAAUUAUCGACAGAGCUAUGACUACGAAGACUGGGCACGCCGCCCCGUGAGCCUGUCGAAAUACGGGAUUCUCGGGCAAGACGACUCAGGGCCGGAAUCCUGGACCACGGAGACGCGUUCGGAAUACGAGUCGCCGAGACGCCGAAGGGAUCGACUUAUGGCCCAGGGCCGGUGGCCCUACGGAAAAGAUAUCUAUGCACGACCUGUCCACGGGAAAGAGGGUGUCUUGUCUCAUCCCAUGGCGAUUCAUGUGAGUCCUACGCACCGAGAAGACUACAUUCGCUCGCUUUCUCCCCGUCCACCUCAUGAAAAACCUCCCGCUGGAGUCCCGAGCGGUUCCGGGCAACUGCCUCGUGGUUCACCGUAUGCAGAUUCCGCCCAGUCACAAGACGGCCAUACAGAGCAGAAAAAUUUCUGUCGUGUCACUUGUGGGGACCCAAGUGGUCAGCCAGGUGUACAAGACGUCAGUGUAGACAACCACGCGUUGCCUGCAGGCUCUCACGGUUUUCCUGGAUAUCCUGUCCACGUUAGACAGGCAAACGGCGGGGAAUAUCAGCAAGGCUAUCCGGGGGCUCUCGCCACUGAAGGCAGCCUCGUUCGGCAUGGCGAACAAACAGCCGGUGCUGCAGGGAGAUGUUGCAGGCAAACCCCCGAGGACGGAGGAGAGGUGAAACGCGCCCACGGCAUCUGA